AUGAAUAAAGCAUAUUUUUCAGUACAACCAAUGAGAGGCUGCGAAAGCCCUCCUUUGCCAGUCCUACGAUCAAAUUAUGACCCUGCAAAAUUGCUAGAAUGCCAAAAAGAAACCGAAAUUUUAAAAAAUGAGAUAUCAGAGCUGAAAAGUGAAAUCCAUCAUUUGCGUAAAAAAGAAAAAGAAUCAAUCAAAGCAGAAAUCCAAUACAAACAGCUCAUAAGAACAUAUCAGCAAGAACUAUCAAAACCGCCACUAUUACCAUCCAAAAUGCCAACUGAAGAAUCAGAAAAAAAUCUUUCUGUCAUUACCGAUGCUUAUGACAAAGUAUAUGGAUGCAUUAAGCAGCUUCAAGAAAGAAUCAAUGACAUGCUGGUAAGCAAAGAAAUCACUCUAGUAGCUGUUUUUAAUGCAAGGCUGCAAGAAAUUUCUAAUGAAUUGGAAAAUGAAAAAAAAGAGAAAUUGGAGUAUAUUGAAAAUUUAGCAGAAAGAGAAAGCAACUCAGUCAAAGAAUUAGGGCUCCUCAAAGGCUCAGUUGAAUUAGUUGAAGCUAAAAACUCAUUUUUGGAAGUAGAGAAUAAGAGGCUUAAAGGAGAAUUAAAACAGUUGAAAACUGAGUAUGAUAUACUAGAGCAUCGACUUUUUGAAAUGAAAUUAACAAAAUCAAAACCCAGACUUGCUUCACCUCGAUCAAUUAUUUCUCCUACUUCUGCGCCAAGUAUACUCACAUCUCCACCUGUAUCUCCUGGGUCUAGAAUUAAAUCAUUUAUCUCGCCAAAUCGCUCAGCAGAAGAAUCGACUGAUGCCAGAUAUCAAUUGGUAAUAGAAAAACUCAAGAAGUCAGUAAGGGACCAGAAAAGCAGCUUAAGAGCAGCUAGAACUGCAUAUAUACGAGAGCUGCAAAGCAAAAAUGAAAUUGAAAAUGUAAUACAAACAUGCAUAGAUAGUGUUAAAAAACAAUUAGUCAACUGUAAAGAUAAAUCCAAAAAUAAAGCUGAACUUGUUAAACAAGAGUUAAUUGACAAAUUAACUACGCAGGAAGAAAUACUUUCUCUAUUAUAUCAAAAAGUUCAGCGAAAAAAUUAA